AUGAAAGAGCUUUCAGACAAAUUCUCCCCUACCGAUUACCUCUUUGGUGAUGACUUGACUGAAAAAAUAAAGUCUAUCAGAAGCUUAGAAAAUGUAGGGAAAGUCUUGGAGACACCUGGCAAUCAGUCAGACCCUCGAGGUCAAAAGGGGACCCGUGGAAAAAGUACUCAGAACCAAACAAAAAACUUUGUUCGCCCGGCCCGUCGCAUGGGCAAGACGGGUCCCUUGAAGGGUUACAGCCCGAAAAACCAGUGGGACAGACACAGGAAUUCGGACAAACAUCGGUCGUACAAUCAGGCGUACAACCGCAAAGGGAGGGGUUACAAAAUACCUUUUACGAACCUUCCCUUUCAAAACGAAAAACCCACUCCCAAAACAUUUUGUUCUCUUGAGUUCGAUCAAGUGAAACAGGAAAUAAAAAAACUCGAGGAAAAGGGAGCAAUCGAACGUUGUGGACCAUCACAACAUCAAUUUAUUUCAAGAAUAUUUCUCACGGACAAGGCAAAUGGGAAGAAACGCUUUAUAUUAAAUUUGAAAAAUUUAAAUGCGUUCGUUCUCGCACCCCAUUUUAAGAUGGAGGAUACAAGAACGGCAGCAAGACUAAUACAGAAAAAUAUGUUUGCAGCAUCAGUCGAUUUAAAAGAUGCGUACUACUUAAUACCUAUUCAUAAAACACAUAGAAAAUUUCUACGUUUCGAAUUCGACAACAAACUGUAUCAGUUUUGCUGCCUUCCGUUUGGCCUCGCAUCAGCGCCUUACACUUUUACCAAACUUUUGCGACCAGCCGUUGAACGUCUGCGAUCCAACGGGGUGAUAUGUGUUAGUUACCUGGAUGAUCUUUUGUUACUAGGAGUUUCAAAAGUCGAAUGUCAUUCCAAUAUUCAAAAAACCAUUACCUUGUUAGAAUAUCUGGGUUUUAUUAUCAAUAAAGAGAAAAGCUGCGUUAUACCCAGUACUAGAGGCAAAUAUCUUGGUUUUAUUUUCGACUCAAAGAGCCUUACUUUAGAAUUGCCAAACGAUAAAAAAGAUCGCAUUUUAAAAUGGACUAAUACUUUGAUGUCAACAGGACAUUGUAAAAUUCUAAAGUUCGCUCAGUUUUUGGGCAUUCUUACAGCAGCUUGUCCAGCUGUAAAAUAUGGGUGGUUGCACACCGAACUUUUUGAAAGGCAAAAAUUUCUAGCUUUACGGCAUAACGGUGGCGACUAUAACGCUCGUUUAGAAAUAACAAACGAUAUGAUUGAUGACAUGAGGUGGUGGCAUCAAACAAUUUGUUCAGCCAAUAAUCAUUUAAAGGUAGAUUCCUUUCAGCUGGAAAUUUUUACCGAUUCUAGUUUAUCUGGCUGGGGAGCUGUUUGUAAGGGUGAAAAAACACACGGUUGGUGGGCCAGCUCUGAUAGAAACAGUCAUAUUAACAUUUUGGAACUGAAGGCAAUUUAUCUUGGUCUAAAAUGUUUUACUAGGUUUUUAAAAAACUGUCAUAUUCUGAUAAGGUGUGACAACACAACGGCAGUGGCAUGUGUAAAUCGAAUGGGUAGUAUCCAACAUAAUAUUCUGAACAAUAUGACUAGGAAGAUAUGGGAAUUCUGCGAACAAAGAAACAACUAUAUUUUCGCUUCAUAUAUACAAUCAAGCGAAAAUAUCGAAGCGGAUGCCGAGUCACGUGUUUUAAGAUCUGACACAGAAUGGUCUUUAGAAAACCAUAUUUUCCAGGUCAUUACGGAAUCUUUCGGGGUUCCAGAUAUAGACAUGUUUGCGUCUGCCCUUAACUUCAAAUGUAAGCGUUACGUUUCGUGGUUUAGAGACCCUAUGGCGGAAGCGGUGGACGCAUUUACGUUAAACUGGGGAAAGCUAUCGUUCUACGCCUUUCCCCCAUUUGCACUUGUCCUUAGAAUGCUUCAAAAGAUUGUGACUGACCAGGCGACAGGUAUCGUGGUGGUACCCUUUUGGCAGUCACAACCUUGGUACCCAUUGUUCGAAAAGUUGACCCAAAGAACAACACCCACUACGCCGGAACCUUAUCCUGGUAGCCACUGUGUUAUCAGGCAAGCAUUUAGGCUAAAGGGUCUUCCUGAAGAGGUUUUGGAAACCAUGGUAAACUCGUUAGCCCCUGCCACAAUUAUGCAGUACAACGUGACUUUUAAACUUUGGUGGCAGUUCUGCCAAAAGAGCCAAAUUUCUCCGUUUCUUGGAAACAUUUCUGAUGUUCUAAGAUUCCUUCAGAGUCUGCUGAAUUCUACCGGAAAUAUUUACGGCACAUUUAACUCUCAUCGCUCUGCUCUUUCUUUGAUCUUGUCCAGAGAUCUAGGAGUGGAUAACAGUAUAAAACGAUUUAUGAAGGGAAUAUUUCGAACAAGACCACCAAAACCUAAAUAUAAAUUCAUUUGGGAUCCCCAACAGGUGCUUUAUUUUUUAGAGAAAGUUGUUACCACUGGAGAUUCCAGUCUGAAAAUGCUUUCCAGUAAGUUAGUAACUUUAAUGGCACUGUCUACUGGACAACGAAUCCAGACGUUGGCUCUGAUAAAGUGUUCGGAAAUUAGAAUAGGCGACAAUGGCGUAAAAAUUUUCAUUGAUGAACUUACCAAAACCUCUGGUCCCAAUAGAAAUCAACCUUGUCUAGACUUCCCGUACUUUGCCGAAAAACCAGAGUUAUGCGUUGCCUCUCUAAUUAAACAAUACCUUGAAGUUACUAACAGCAUUAGAGACCCUACCUGCGAUCGUUUUUUCCUGACCUAUAGGAAACCUCACGGCCCUGCUACUCAACAGACCUUAAGCCGUUGGCUGAAGGACACUCUUAGAAAAUCAGGAAUAGAUAUGAAUAUCUUUACUGCAUAUUCCACGAGACACGCUUCCACGUCGGCAGCUUUAAGGAAAGGCCUGUCUUAUGAAACUAUUCGCACAUCAGCUGGGUGGAGUAAGAAUUCUUCAACUUUCGGUCGCUUCUACAAUAGACCGCUAUUGGAAGAAGACACCUUUUUGAAUACUGUUUUUCGUUAG